AUGAGACUUGCCAAAGCCCAGGCGCUUGCCAAGCAGUACCCUAUUCCUACUAGGAAUGGACGCCUCUUCAACCUCAUCAAGCACAUAUUCCUCUACAAGCAUCUAGUCCUGCCCAACAACAAAAGCGCAUUUAACACAACCUCAAACAAGAAAACCUACCAAGCUCCAACCCAGGCGUUCACGGGCAGUAGCAAUGCCCCGGGCCUCACCCUGGAGGCAAAUGUCCGGAUGAUCAAGGAGAACAUGGCGUCCGUGAGGAAAAUCGGGAAAGACUCAGAUAGGGAGUUUGGUGAGCUCAUUGCCAUGAUGGAGGAGAAAAUGAGGCUUUGUGACUGUGGGUUGGACUUUGAGUAG